AUGUCUCAUCCUGAAGAAUCAAGUGGUUUGACGAGCAACCUGACUGCAUUUCCGUAUUUGACUCCACCAGAUCUAGCAUCAGGGCAGAAGAAACAACAGACAUCGACGAAUACCAGCUCAAAUUAUCCCGAGGGAAAUGAUUCCCUAUCUCAUCAGAGCCCACGAGUCAAUGCAGAAACCCAAGAGAUUGAGAAAGAAUAUCCACCAAGAAAGAAACAUAGAAGAAGGAGAGCAGUGUUGAGUUGUCAUACCUGCCGUCGAAAGAAGAUUCGAUGUAAUAGAGAGCUCCCAUGUGAUAGAUGUCUUUCUCUAGGCUUAGAGGGCCAAUGUAAGUACGAUUCAAGUACCAAUAAUGAAAAUAAUUUUGUUCCAAAUUCGAAAACUGCGUUUGAUGGUUCCGAAACUACGGUUGAUGAGUAUCAAUCGCAAGCCGACCCACCAGAAAGUUAUGCUAAUGCUUUCACUGGUCAAGAUGAUGGUGAUCUUAUAGGAAUAAACCCAUCUUGUGGUCCUGAAGAAUGUAAUAUGUUAUAUAAUGCCGGGACGUCAACCAAAGCACCGGUAUUUAAAAAAAAGCCAAACAUUUUGAUAAGACUACUGCAUCAAGAUAUUGGGUUUGAAGUUUUCUGGAGAAUUAAGAAACGAUCUUCUAAUCUUCUUAAUUUCCGGACGAUUGUUUCGGUAACAUGGUCAAUAUCAAAAUCAGAAUUGGGUCUUCUUCAAGCCAGAGUUAGGGAGGCAUUUGGUGAUUGUUAUGUACCACAUCCGGAUUCUAAACCCAAACCAAAUGCAAAAGUCAUCAAAAACGGAUUAGCUAAGUAUGGAAGACCACUAGGAACGUUAGUUAGUCAAGAGUUUGACGAAUUCGAUACCAUUAACGAAUCCUUGAAAAAAAUUUUCCCAAAACAUAAUGUUAUGAGUUUACAUAUUAAAAGAUUUUUCGAAAAAUUGUAUCCGUUUUAUCCUAUAAUCGAUGAAAAAAACUUCAUGAGUACUGUGAAUAAGAUUUUACGAUUUGAUGAAUACGGGAAUUUCAAAAACUUGAUUGUUAGUAAUAAAAUUGAUUUGGCCCAAUUCAUCAUUUUACUUAUUAUGUUAAGGCUAUCAUAUCUAUCUGUAUUUACUAAUAACAUCCCUUUAAAUCAAUCAGUUUUGGAUUCUGAUAGCGAUGAUGAAAGGGCCAUUAUAAUGAAGAAUCCAAUAGUAAUUGAUCUCAUGGUCAUAUCAGAUCAGUGUUUAAAAGAAAUAUGGGAGUAUCAUCAUUUAACUGUAUUACAAGCACUCACAAUGAGACAUUCGUAUAGUAUUGUUGCACCAGAAGAAUCCAAAGGAGCAAUAACUGAUGAUUUACAAGUUUCAGUUGGGUUGUUAGUAACUACGGCUUAUGCUUUAAAGUUAGAUCUUGAUCCUGAUGACACGGUUGAAAUAUAUUUAAAUGAUAAGGUCAACUCAAUAAGAAGAAAGCUUUGGUACUAUAUUGUUAAUGAAGAUUAUAUGACUAAUCUUACGUUUAAUUAUGUUCUGAUGUGUAAAAAAAAAUUUACUACAAAAUUACCAAUUGUUAGUAAAGAAUCAUCCAGUAUAUCGGAUUUAGCUUUGGAACAAAAUGCAAUUAAUAAUUUGAAGAAUAACUAUGAAAUAAUCAGUAGUGGUAAUGAGAUUGUGAAGCUUUUGAUAAGAACACAAAGACAUUGCCAAGUCAAUACAGUAUUAGGAAUGUUAUCUGAAUUAGAAUUAUUAGUUGCAAAAAGACUAGGCAAAGUCGAAGAUUAUAUAAAUAGUGAAAGGGGGAACUAUACCAAGAUUAUAAAUUUCAAGACGUAUUUCCAAGUCAAAUCGUUUAUUGCUUCUAUAUAUCAAUUUUUCCAUUUGCAUUUUGAGCAACGAGGUGACAUACCUCUACUGUUCUUUUUCUUGAAAAAAGUCCUUUCGAUAUCGAGUAAGGAAUUCGACUUGAUUGAUGAUGAUUUCAUUUUAAAUUCUCAUAAUUAUUUUGACGAAACUUUCACAAUGAUAGUUAGUCCAAUAGUAGGUCAGAAUAUGCAUGCAUUAUCUUUAGCAUACUUAGGUAUAGCAAUGAGACUUAAGUAUACUUUGCACACCAUAAAUUUAAAUCCCCAUGAUGAUUUGAUUUCUAAAACAAUUAACGAACUUAUUCAAAGAAAUUACUCUGCUUUAACAAAAAAAUUUUCCGUUAGUGACGUUUUAAGUUUCAGGUAUUUUUCCUCGUGGAGAUCGAAAAAGGGUCAGAUAUUUGGUUACUCUUUUUUAGAAAAACAACCUUUGCCUAAAAUUGACCUGGAGUUUCUUGUUAAAGUUACUUUCAAAUAUAAACUACAAAAUUAUCAAGAAUUAAUUCAAAUCCUUCCCGAACCAACUCUAUCUCUUGAUGCAUAUAUGAACAGAGUCACGAUCCUCGACCUUAGCACUUCUUCCAUAAACGAGUGCCAAAGUGAAGCUUAUUGGACACAAUUAUGUGGAGUCGAAUACGAAUCCGAACAUCUACCGAAAUCCUUAAGGAAAAAACCAGUUUCUGAAGUGCCUUUGGACGUGAUGAAUGUCCAAAACUUGCUUGAUGACCCUGAAUUAUUACGAAAUUUAAAUUUCUUUGAUUUAGGCGAAUUUUCCGACUUCACUGGAUUUGCUAAUGACUACUUUGGAUAA